CCUGUACAAGAAACACCAGGGUGUUUUCCUGCGCAAGGAACACUUGGGCGAUUCCAUGUACAAGGAACACCAGGGUGUUUUCCUGCGCAAGGAACACUUGGGCGAUUCCAUGUACAAGGAACACCAGGGAGAUUUCCUGCGCAAGGAACACUUGGGCGAUUCCAUGUACAAGGAACACCAGGGAGAUUUCCUGCGCAAGGAACACUUGGGCGAUUCCAUGUACUAGGAACACCAAGGUGUUUUCCUGCGCAAGGAACACUUGGGCGAUUCCAUGUACUAGGAACACCAGGGAGUUUUCCUGCGCAAGGAACACUUGGGCGAUUCCAUGUACUAGGAACACCAGGGAGAUUUCCUGCGCAAGGAACACUUGGGCGAUUCCAUGUACUAGGAACACCAAGGUGUUUUCCUGCGCAAGGAACACUUGGGCGAUUCCAUGUACAAGGAACACCAGGGUGUUUUCCUGCGCAAGGAACACUUGGGCGAUUACAUGUACUAGGAACACCAGGGUGUUUUCCUGCGCAAGGAACACUUGGGCGAUUCCAUGUACUAGGAACACCAGGGAGAUUUCCUGCGCAAGGAACACUUGGGCGAUUCCAUGUACAAGGAACACCAGGGUGUUUUCCUGCGCAAGGAACACUUGGGCGAUUCCAUGUACUAGGAACACCAGGGAGAUUUCCUGCGCAAGGAACACUUGGGCGAUUCCAUGUACAAGGAACACCAGGGCGAUUUCCUGCGCAAGGAACACUUGGGCGAUUACAUGUACUAGGAACACCAAGGUGUUUUCCUGUGCAAGGAACACUUGGGCGAUUCCAUGUACUAGGAACACCAGGGUGUUUUCCUGCGCAAGGAACACUUGGGCGAUUCCAUGUACAAGGAACACCAGGGUGUUUUCCUGCGCAAGGAACACUUGGGCGAUUCCAUGUACUAGGAACACCAGGGAGUUUUCCUGCGCAAGGAACACUUGGGCGAUUCCAUGUACUAGGAACACCAGGGAGAUUUCCUGCGCAAGGAACACUUGGGCGAUUCCAUGUACUAGGAACACCAAGGUGUUUUCCUGCGCAAGGAACACUUGGGCGAUUCCAUGUACUAGGAACACCAGGGUGUUUUCCUGCGCAAGGAACACUUGGGCGAUUACAUGUACUAGGAACACCAGGGUGUUUUCCUGCGCAAGGAACACUUGGGCGAUUCCAUGUACUAGGAACACCAGGGAGAUUUCCUGCGCAAGGAACACUUGGGCGAUUCCAUGUACAAGGAACACCAGGGUGUUUUCCUGCGCAAGGAACACUUGGGCGAUUCCAUGUACAAGGAACACCAGGGCGAUUUCCUGCGCAAGGAACACUUGGGCGAUUCCAUGUACUAGGAACACCAGGGAGAUUUCCUGCGCAAGGAACACUU